AUGGCCAGGAGUAGCUGGCAGUCCUACUUGCUUGUCCUGAAGUUCUUCUGCGCGCCUUUCUUAGAGGCCGGCUUCCUGGAUGCCUGGCUGCCGACCCAGGUGGACCUUGACACCUGGGCCAUCUUCGUGCCCGGGACCGAUGCACAAUGA